AUGGCAGGUGAACAGCUAGAACAUGAAAUCAGUAAAACACGUUCAUUGACCGAUAAAUCAUUUGGUGUUAAUAUAUUUACCCUACCGUCACGACAAUUUGAAAUAUCAACUCAAGCUAUCGAUUUGGUACGAACGCAAUCAAGCACAUUUGGAUAUUUAGCAAAAGAUAUUGUCAAUAAAUGUAAACAAUUAAGUAUUAGCUUAAUUGAAACAGCAAAACAAGCUGUUCUAUUCAAAGAAAAAUCUCUUCUUUCACAAACAGCACAAUUUAUUGAUCCAACUUUAUGUCCAUUAGUUGCUGCUGGAGAAAUCAUGGAUGAGUAUGGUUUAGUGAAUGCACUAAUGUUCGGUGCUUCUGGUGCUCAAAUGGGUACUCGGUUUUUAGCCAGUCACGAAGGUCCAAAGCUUGUUCGCAAAGCGCAUCGAAAAUCGUUACUUGAAGUCAACAAUGAUAUCAAGAAACUUUCCCACACAACAGCCAUUACGGACUAUUUCCAUAAUACGAAAGAUUAUCAAAAGCUAAUAUUACUCAUAUCUAAAUAUAUCGCUGUAAUGAAACAAGUGGAUUUUGCACAAUUAUGGGCAAGACAGAAUUAUGCGCGAUGUGAAAGUCAAUCAGCAGCUACUAUUGUUAACUAA